CCACCAAUCAGAAAAUGUGAUUGUUUUUGGCUUCUUUCAUUAUUGUUCUUUUUCCUUCUUUUUUUUUCUUUAAUUAGUACCAUCGAUGAACAAAACCCAGAUUUUUAAUUUUUUUAUUUUUCCUGAAUUUUGGCUUGUAUAAUACUGAAAAGAAGGGACAAAUAAAAAUGGGAAAAACCAGAUCAUCAUCAUCAUCAUCACCAUCAUUACCAUUGAGGUGGUGGAGGAGAACUUUGGUACUAGUCUUCAUUGGGUUUGUUGCGGUCACCUUCAUUGUGUGGGAUAGAAUCACUCUUACCAGAGACCACACGGUAGAGGUUUUAAGAUUAAAUGAAGAGCUUAUCGACCUGCAAAAUCUGCUUGAAGAUUUAAAGGCCUAUCUACGAGAUUUGGGUUUAAGCAUCCAACUAAGUGAUAGAGUUAGUGAACCAGCCAAGGAGUCCAUUGGUCAAGAUGAUCCCACUAACUUUCGGCGGAGAGAACAAGUAAAAGAUGCUAUGAUUCAUGCAUGGAGUUCCUAUGAAAAAUACGCAUGGGGCCAAGAUGAACUUCAGCCACAAACAAAAAAUGGUAUUGAUACCUUUGGUGGUCUUGGAGCAACUAUAGUAGAUUGUCUUGAUACCUUAUUCAUAAUGGGUCUUGAUGAACAGUUUCAAAGAGCUAGAGAGUGGGUUGCAAACUCGUUGGAUUUCAACAAGAACUAUGAGGCUAGUGUUUUUGAGACAACCAUAAGAGUUUUAGGUGGACUUCUUAGUGCAUAUGAUCUUUCUGGUGACAAAGUCUUCCUUGAAAAGGCUCAAGAUAUUGCAGAUAGAUUGCUGCCUGCUUGGAAUACUCCGUCAGGAAUUCCUUAUAACAGAAUUAACCUGGCUUACGGAAAUGCAAAUAACCCUGGAUGGACAGGAGGAAACAGUGUCCUGGCAGAUUCUGGAACAGAGCAGCUUGAAUUUAUUGCUUUAUCUCAAAGGACAAGGGACCCCAAGUACCAGAAGAAGGUGGAGAAUGUCAUCAAAGAGCUUGGUAGAACUUUUCCUCUGGAUGGCUUGCUUCCAGUAUACAUUAAUCCUCAUACUGGAGCAACAUCAUCAUCAAUAUAUACAUUUGGUGCCAUGGGUGAUAGUUUUUAUGAAUAUUUACUCAAGGCUUGGAUACAAGGGAACAAAACUGAAGCUGUGAAGCAUUACAGAGAAAUGUGGGAGACAUCAAUGGAAGGUCUCAAAAGCUUGAUUCGUAGGACAACACCAUCCUCCUUUGCAUACAUAUGUGAGAAGAAUGGGAGAUUCUUGUCUGAUAAGAUGGAUGAAUUAGCAUGCUUUGCUCCAGGGAUGUUGGCUUUAGCUUCAUAUGAUUAUGGUCCUGGAGAAGCUGAGAAAUAUCUAUCACUUGCGGAAGAGCUUGCAUGGACAUGUUAUAACUUCUACCAAUCAACACCUAUGAAACUGGCUGGAGAGAACUAUUUUUUUUCUGCUGGACAGGACAUGAGUGUGGAUACAUCAUGGAAUAUUUUGAGGCCUGAAACUAUUGAGUCAUUGUUUUACCUCUGGCGUAUCACUGGGAACAAGACUUACCAAGAAUGGGGUUGGAACAUUUUCCAGGCAUUUGAAAAGAACUCACGGAUAGAGACAGGAUAUGUGGGACACAAGAAUGUUAAUACAGGGAUCAAAGAUAAUAUGAUGCAAAGUUUCUUUCUUGCUGAGACGCUCAAGUAUCUCUACCUCCUUUUUUCACCUCCAUCUGUCAUCCCUCUAGAUGAAUGGGUUUUUAACACAGAAGCCCACCCAUUCAGAAUUGUAACUCGGCAUGAUCAUGAAGAGAAUUUUGGAGCACUUGGACAACAAAAACCACAAGUUCUAACCAAAACCCGGCCAAACUGGAUAUAGUGAAGCCCCAUUGUUCAACAACUAAGUUAGCCUACAUUUUGGAUUGAUGGUCCUACCGAGACAAAUUGGGAUGGUGGUGACUGCAGUGCUCUGUUUCGGCUGCAAGCUGCUCAGUUCUUUACAUUAUGAUAUAAGGAGUAUGUAUAACAGCAGAAUGUACAUCAUAAGUAGCAAUUUUUGUCUCCCUUUAGUUGAGUGAAGGAUAUACUGUUCAUGUUUUUGCUCAUAGGAUCAUGAUUGAUGAGCCAGAUUAUAGUAGUCCUGUUGGACAGAACCCAAAUGAUGAACUUAUAUUAUUUGUUUCAGGUUUGGGUUCUCAGUCUUCCUUUUCACCCUUAUGAGACAGCAGUAUAGCAUGUUCAAUUCAGAAUGCAUUAUUGCUGUCUCUUUGUUGUUAGAAGUAACUUGUGUUUGUAAUGUGAUUGCAUAUUCAUGAUUCAUUUUGGUAGAAUACAAUGCCUCGCUAUUUUCGAUCA